ACGCCUUGCCUUGGAAGGAACCAGUAGAUGCAGAUGAAUUCCCAUAAACCACCCUACCCGUGGGCGUGAGCCCUGGCGAUACAUAAACACAUCGGUCGAUCCCCAGUUUCACGUCUGGAUCGAUCGUCGCUUCUGCCUCUGCGUAUGCCUUCAUCGAUCGAGUUCAGGCUAUGAAGCUCUUCGUCGAAACCCUCGCGGGCAAGACGAUCACCGUCAAGGUCGAUCCGUCGGACACCAUCAACGUUGUCAAGGCCAAGAUUCAGGAUCAGCAGCGCCUUACCUUUGGCGAGAAGGAGCUGGAGGACAGACGCACCGUGGCCGAUUACAGCAUCCAGGAUGAAUCCUCUCUUCGUCUUGAUCUGCGCUACCAGAGAAAGCGGAAGCAGCCAAGUGUCAUGCGUGGUGAGCAGCCCAAAUCUGCAAAAAAGAAGAGAAUAGAGUAUCAAAUCUUUCUCAAAGGGCUUGUAGACAACACCACCGCCCUUGAGGUUGCCUACUCGGAUACUGUCAGAAGAGUCAAGGAGAUGAUCCGGGACCGGCAGGGCAUUCCCGUGGAUGAGCAGAGGCUGAUCUAUGCAGGGAAACAGCUUGAAGAUGGUCGCACCAUGGAUGACUAUGGCAUAAAGAAGGAAACUACACUUCACCUCUUGCUCCGCCUCCGAUCAUGCGGUCCUAAUAAUUGCCCAAGAGUACCUAUCCCAAGAGUGCCCCGUCAAAGUGAGCCAGGCGAAGAUCAGAAUUCUCAUGCAAGAUCCUCCACUGUUAUCACUGCUGCUUCUCCUAAUGUCAAGCACCAUAAAAGAAAGAUUCAGACUCAUAUUGAUGUUGCCAACCUGAGGAGGAGCCCAAGAAGCAACAAGUAUGAUGGCUUUAAGGUGAACCUUCAAUCUGAUAGCAGAAUCCAGAAGUCCAAGGUAAAGAAGAGCUCCACUCCCUUGGCAACUAUCGCUACCAAGAGUGAGGCCAAGGAAAUCCCUCCCCCAACUCCUAUCCUAAUAUUUCAACACAUUGGCAGUGUGUUUUCUGCGAUCAGGAGUGUAUGGUAUAUCUGUUUCGGAGCACUCCACAAACAAGCUGUUGGCUAAUUACCUAAUAUGGAGAAUGGAGGAAGAUGGAGAUGGUCC